AUGUUCUACAGUCAUGAAAUCCUCACAUCGCCAGAGCACGGCGUAGCCACGAUAUGGCUCGUUGCGACUCUCGGCUCGCGCUCCAUCACUCGAAGACUCAACCGUAAGGCCAUACUGGACGUGGAUGUACCCGGUGCUUGCAGUGUCAUCGUCAAUCCUGAAGCUCCUAUGGCGCUGCGACUGCAGGGGAGCCUGCUAUAUGGAGUCUCGAGGGUAUAUGACCAGCAGUGCGGGUAUACUCUGCUCGAUGCGCAGAUGAUGCGUGAUAAGAUGGUUACUAUGUUGAAGCAACUACCGGGUGGAGGUUUGGAUCCUAGUGCUGGAAAGACCAAGCCUACCAGUCUUAUCCUCCCGUACGACCCAACCUUCCUCCCUGAAACGGGCCUCCCCGGUUUAGACCUCAACUUCGCCUUGUUCGAUGUGAUGAGCGAUGAUAGCUCGACGCAGCGAUCUGGUAGUUUGACUUCGUCACCUGCUACCAGCCAAUCUGCCAAUUCCCAGAUUGGGGUCAUCCAGCUUGAGCUACCGACGUACGACCUCAUCAGAGAGGGUGAUGUGCAGGACCUCAAUCUUGCGGAUACCCUCACCUCGGGAAAGAAGAGAGAAUUCCUUGGUAAAGACCUUAAUGAUGAGGGUGUCCUGCUUCAGCCUGACUUUGAGUUUGAUGAGGAUGGUAAUAUUAUUGAGUUUGAUGCGAGCCAUUUAUCGCCGAGUAAGAGGAGGAAGGUUAGCCCAGAGCACGGGGUAUUGGAAGGUCCUGCUGGUGAAGAUGUUCAAGAGGGCGCAGUUGACGAGGUCCCGCUGCCAAUGAUGGACGACGGAAUGGAGAUCAACGCUCAACCCGGACCACAAGAUCCUGAGAACAACAACGCCUUGUCUCCAAAGGAUCGUUUGAUGGAAGAUGGUGAGAUCGAGCGUACCGGGGAAGUACGCGCCCAGCAGCGGAUCCGACAAGUCAAAAAUAUCAUCUCAGACGACAGUACUACCUUGCGCAACACGGAUUUGGCCAAGUGGAAUGACGAGUAUUCGGCCAACAUGGCCCAUGCCACGAAGCUGAAAAAGCAGAACAAAUUGCCCACCCUGGCAAAGAAGAAUGCGGCUUUCUGGGUCUUCGGUUUGGGAAUCGGGUCCGUUGGUAUGGGACUGGGUCAGCGCCGCGAAGACGGUCCUCUCAAGGAAUACUCGGGCGAUGCUCUAUACAGCCUAGUCCCUGGAGAGAAGCACAGUCACCGAGUAGAACCCGAUGAAAACGACGAACAACAGUCACACGGCGCGCUUGGCCAUUCCGGUCAAAAGCAGACGCUAGACGUGGAAAUCGGUCGACAGGCCCCAUCCAGCGUAUACGAUGAUCGGUCCUCCCAAAUGCCAUGGAACAUCACAGCUUCCCUGCAGGGCUCCGUCCGAGGCCAGCGCUUCGGCAGCAUCUCCGGAUCCUCUGCUCGACCACGCGGUCGUCUCAUCAGCGCCAGUCCACUAGCUGGACGCGAUCGUCACAGCAGCCUGUCCAUCCCCAAUGUAGGCGAUGACCUAGGCGAGCUCGAGCAGCUAGACAUCACGCAAUACCUGGAAGGCGAGCUCGCCCCCGACAACGAAGAUAUCAGCACACUCACGGCGCGGCGCAAGUCCAUGAUCGACCGUAUCACAUCGAGUCUGGAUACAGAGAGUUUGAACUUCUUCGAGUUCAUUCAAAUGAAGCUCGACGAGUCCGCAUCCACCAAGCCGGGCGUUAUUACAUUCCCGGAGCUACUCCCGCCGACCGAGACCACGCGCAUCGUUGCGGCACAUGGGUUCAUGAAUGUGCUCACGCUCGCGACGAAGGGUGUUCUGGAUGUGUCGCAGGAGUCGUGCACUGAUUUGGGUGCUGGCACUUGGGGCAUUCGCUUUCAGCAUGGUGAUAUUUCGCUGCGGAUGACUGGGGCUGGGGCUGGGGCUGGAAUUUGAGAACGUGUUUCAGGAGGGGUGCGUCUGGCGUAGUCGGGUCGAUGAUUUACUUCUUUAAGUUCUUUUCGGGGGGCCAUGUGAUCUCAUGAGAUGGCGAUCUUGCUUUUUCUUUUCUCUUUUUUUCUUUUCGACAUUUACUGGAAUUUUCAUUUUUACUUGCCAUCUUCGUCGUGUCAUCUCCGUGCUCGUACGGGGCAUCUUCGGGUGACCCUGCCAGAUCUUAUCAAGAUCUCGGUGAGUCGGGCGCUAGUCUGGG